AUUGACUUGUGCGAGGUCUGCAGCGCAGCGAGGCAGGCCGAGGCGUCGUCGUCGUCGUCGGGCAGAGGCGGUCGUUCCGGCGCGCGGAAAGAGAGGAGCCGAGGACGGCCGAGAAAGAAAAUUAAAGUCCAUCGAUCGGACAAUGGUGCGGGAUCGGGCUCGGGGAGCUGCUGCUGGAUUUAGAAACGACAGCCGCGAGUGCAAUCCGUGAUGGAUAACGCGAGACCGGACGUGAGGCGCAUCGCAUGGCAGUGCGAGUGCGCAGCGACGCUGUGACGGAGGCGCACUUUGGUCCGAGGGCGACGCCAAUGAGGCUCUUGCGGCGCAGGAUGGUGCGGGCUGCGACUGGUCGGCGAUGCGGGACAGGAGUGAGCGGAGGAGGAGGGGAAGAUUUGGUGGCGACGAGCGCAGCGGGAGGAGGAGGGAAUAAGCCAAAUCGGGAGCGCGAGCGCGGCAAACUUGGUGCGGCGGAGGUAGUGUCCUAGUGGAGGCUGAGCAGCGCAGUGGAGGGGAGUACAUUGAAGUGGUUCCGGUGCAGCACUAGAGUGGAGGACAAGGAGCAGCAGCGGGUGGGGGGAGAGGAUUUUCUCGGGUUGUUUUUAAUGGGGAGUGUGCAGAUGCGCGCAUGCUGUGGGGACGGCGGUUCCCACAUGGUGGGCUGGUUGGGGGCCCCACUGGAGGAAGCAGCACCAAUGGAGUCUGGGAGCCGAUGUUGUGGGGCCAUGGCAUGCCAUGCCAGGGGCGUCGGAGCGACGAAGGUGGUCAGUACUGGCGCUGACAAACUAACUGCGCCGAAUUGACAGAAAGAAAGAAGAGAGAAGAGCGAGAAGCGAGCGAUGAUGGUGGAGAGAUAGAGGUAAAGGCAAAUCCAUCUAGAAGCAGGAAAGGUUGGCCAGUACCGGAGUGGAUGGAUGGAUGCAUUCAUCGGACAGAUAGAUUUGCGGAAAGUCAGAUUGAUGGGUGGCAUCAAUCCAACUGAUUGUCAGACUGAUCUCCUAGAAAGAGAAAAGCAGCACGUCAAGGACUGCGAGACAGCGGAAGGUAGAAAUUGUGUCGCGGUCUGUCUGUUGACAAAGAAGAGGGAAUGCGAAGCGGAGCGCGUGGAAUCCCGCUUCGACACUACUCCGUGCUUCGCACCUCCCCGCAGACAUGCUGUACACCCAUGCACAUUUCCCCCCCGGACAGAUGGAUGGAUAGAGAGGAUGAGCAAAAGUUGGAGAGUUAGGACUCCUGGGCUCGCACUGUAGGUUAUAAAUCGCAACUGGGAUCAGACUCGCUGUCCUGAAAUCUGGAGGAAUUGCCGACAGUCUGAGCUGAGCACAGUUGUUGGCAGCAGAUGGUUCAAACACCUGGUCAAGAGAUUGGCAGUCUCACACAGGUCUUCGGUGGAAUAAUUUGUAGGGCAGGUAUGGACGAGGGUAUAUUGAGGAGAUCAGCUUGAGCAGGAGGUGCGCGCGAAGGAAAUCUCCUUCGAGCUCGCACUGGACUUCCAAGCGUCCGGAGAGAGACCACACGGUGUCGCACUCGCGAACGAGUAAAAGGGCAAUGCAGGUGUAUGUGAGCUGCGAAUCUGUGGGAGAUGGUGUCUUCAUCUCUCACAUUUUCUCGAUCUUGCAUCUUCCGACAGAAAGCUCCUAGCGCCGUCCGAGUUUUCUGCCAGGAGGGAGCCGAGAAGAGGCGGUAGGAGAUGUGCGCGACAUAACUGCCGCUGGCCACUUCCUUUUAAUCGACGACGAGUGCAUCACUGUGGGGGGUCAGUAGUGCGUCACGACGAUACCACUGGAUGCAAGAGUCCGAUGCGCAGGUGACAAGUUUGUUGCAUGCAAUCACACUGUGAUCUGGGGAGAAGGGAGGAAGUCAGUAGGUGCGCAUCUGAAUUGAGCGCGUUCAUUUUCUCACACUUGUGGGAGAGCAACCAUGUCCUUCGUGCGAAAGGCAGCCCCGCUACCAGGAGUUCUGCAAGAGGGAGGUGGAGGAGAACCAGGAAGUCUGUUCCAAGAGAUUGGUGUUGGUCGCAGUGCAGUUGGCGGGUUGCAGGAUUUUGCCGCCCAAUUUGACGGAGUUCAAGACAUACGCGCAGGGAAGGCAAUUUUCUGAAAGAAUGAGAGUCCAGCAGCAGUUUGGUUCAACAGGGAUCCUGCACUUUGUGGGGGAACUAUGGGUUCUUUUGCUGAUCCUGAUGUGCACAUGCAAACGAGGUCUGUCCAUAUCGGACGAUGGUCUAGCUCUGCUUGAGUUCAAAAGGGGUCUCAAUGGGACCGUCCUGCUGGAUGAAGGUUGGGGCGACGAGAAUGCUGUGACACCGUGCCAGUGGACUGGAGUGACCUGCGACAACAUCUCUUCGGCGGUGACGGCACUCUCACUACCGGGUUUGGAACUGCACGGUCAAAUAUCGCCAGCCUUGGGACGGCUCGGCAGUCUGGAGGUCCUCAAUCUCGGCGACAACAACUUCACUGGCACAAUCCCUUGGGAGAUCGGCAGUCUAUCGAAACUCCGAACACUUCAAUUGAACAACAACCAGCUGACGGGACACAUCCCGUCGUCGUUAGGAUGGCUUUCCACGCUCGAGGAUCUGUUUCUGAAUGGGAACUUCUUGAAUGGCAGUAUGCCUCCCUCGCUCGUGAACUGCACCAGUCUGCGGCAGCUGCACCUCUACGACAACUACCUGGUGGGCGACAUUCCCAGCGAGUAUGGAGGCCUGGCCAAUCUAGAAGGGUUUCGAAUCGGAGGCAACAGAUUAUCCGGUCCCCUUCCUGGCAGUCUGGGUAACUGUUCCAACCUUACGGUGUUGGGAGUUGCUUACAAUCCUCUCUCAGGAGUUUUGCCCCCGGAAUUGGGUAAUCUUUACAAACUCAAGUCUAUGGUCCUGAUUGGCACGCAAAUGACCGGUCCUAUUCCUCCGGAGUAUGGCAACCUGAGUUCGCUUGUCACCUUGGCCCUUUACAGCACGUACAUUUCAGGUUCCAUUCCUCCUGAACUUGGCAAGCUUCAAAAUGUGCAGUACAUGUGGCUCUACCUCAACAACAUUACGGGUAGUGUACCUCCCGAAUUGGGCAAUUGCACUUCCCUUCAGAGUUUAGAUCUGUCCUACAAUCAACUCACGGGGAGCAUUCCUGGAGAGCUGGGAAACUUGCAGAUGCUGACCGUGAUCAAUCUCUUUGUGAACAAGUUGAACGGCAGCAUUCCAGCAGGACUCUCCAGAGGUCCGAGUCUGACCACGCUGCAGCUGUACGAUAACCGUCUGAGUGGUCCCAUACCGUCCGAAUUUGGGCAAAUGCCAAAUCUCGCUGUCCUAGCAGCCUGGAAGAAUCGCUUGUCUGGAUCCAUCCCCAGGAGUCUGGGAAACUGUUCGGGCCUCAAUAUCUUGGACAUCUCGUUGAAUCGUCUCGAGGGGGAGAUACCCGCGGAUAUAUUCGAACAAGGGAGCCUACAACGACUCUUUCUAUUCUCGAAUCGACUGACGGGUCCCAUACCACCAGAAAUCAAGUAUGCGUUCAAUCUCACGAGGAUUCGGUUGGCCCGAAAUCAGCUCACUGGUAGCAUCCCUCCCGAGCUGGCGCAGCUCUCCAACCUUACCUACUUAGACCUUCAAGAUAACAACAUCACUGGCACACUUCCUGCAGGCUUUCUGCAGAGUAAAUCUCUGCAAGCUCUAAUCCUUGCCAACAAUCAGCUCACGGGCGAGGUUCCUCCAGAGCUUGGAAAUGUGCCGUCUCUCAUUCAGUUGGACUUGUCAGCCAAUAGUCUCUUCGGGCCCAUUCCUCCUGAGAUUGGGAAGCUUGGUAGGCUGAUCACCCUCAAUCUCAGUCAAAAUCAUCUCAGCGGCCCCAUUCCUCGGGAGCUGAGCGAGUGUCAGUCACUGAAUGAGCUCGAUCUAGGAGGCAAUCAACUCAGCGGGAACAUUCCCCCUGAAAUUGGCAAGCUGAUCAGCCUGGAGAUCAGCCUCAAUUUGAGCUGGAACAACCUGACCGGGCCGAUUCCACCUACCUUGGAAAAUCUUACCAAGCUUUCCAAGUUAGACCUCUCUCAUAACACUCUCUCCGGGAGCGUCUUGCUGCUCGACAGCAUGGUCAGUCUUACCUUUGUAAAUAUUUCUAACAACCUGUUCAGCGGUCGUUUGCCCGAAAUCUUCUUCCGUCCGUUGAUGACUCUGUCCUACUUUGGAAACCCUGGGCUAUGUGGUGAACAUCUUGGAGUCUCAUGCGGUGAAGACGAUCCCUCCGACACGACGGCUCACUCCAAGCGACACCUUUCUUCCUCCCAGAAGGCAGCUAUCUGGGUGACCUUAGCGCUAUUUUUUAUUCUAGCAGCUUUGUUCGUUCUCCUGGGAAUCCUGUGGUACGUAGGGCGCUAUGAGAGGAAUUUACAGCAGUAUGUGGACCCCGCAACGUCAUCUCAAUGGACGCUCAUUCCCUUUCAGAAGCUCGAAGUAUCUAUUGAGGAGAUUCUUUUCUGCCUCAAUGAGGCCAAUGUGAUAGGUCGGGGAGGAUCAGGAACGGUGUAUAGAGCAUACAUACAGGGUGGUCAAAAUAUUGCCGUUAAGAAACUGUGGAUGCCCGGGAAGGGAGAGAUGUCUCACGAUGCUUUCUCUUGCGAGGUGGAAACUCUCGGGAAAAUUCGACAUGGCAACAUUCUCCGACUACUGGGAAGUUGCUGCAACAAGGACACCAAACUCCUGCUGUACGAUUUCAUGCCUAACGGAAGCUUGGGAGAGCUCCUUCAUGCUAGUGAUGUAAGUUUUCUGGAUUGGAGCACCCGGUACAAACUUGCAAUUGGAGCAGCGCAUGGCCUGGCCUACCUACACCAUGAUUGUGUACCUCAAAUUCUACAUCGAGAUGUGAAGUCGAACAAUAUCCUCGUCAGCUCCCGUUUUGAGGCACACGUUGCAGAUUUUGGAUUGGCCAAGCUCAUCUAUGCUGCCGAGGAUCAUCCAUCAAUGUCUCGUAUUGUCGGAUCUUAUGGGUAUAUCGCCCCAGAAUAUGCUUACACGAUGAAGAUCACGGAUAAAAGCGAUGUGUACAGCUUUGGGGUCGUUCUGCUGGAGAUUGUGACGGGUAAGAAACCAGUUGAUCCAAGUUUCACCGAUGCCGUAGACCUGGUCGGAUGGGUAAACCAGCAGGUGAAAGCUGGGCGUGGUGAUCGCUCGAUUUGUGAUCGGCGACUAGAAGGAUUGCCUGAGGCUUUGCUCUGUGAGAUGGAAGAAGUGCUAGGUAUUGCCUUACUUUGCGUCAGUCCAAGCCCGAAUGAUAGACCGAACAUGCGGGAAGUGGUGGCCAUGCUGGUGGCGAUUCAACAAGAUACCUUGAGCUGGAUGAAGAGCAAGUCAUUGAGCGAGCCCUGCUCCAAGCAGCCGAUUCUUUGUAUUUCGCCGGAUUCGGAUGAUUCUUCGUGGUCGAGGACCUGAAGACAAUCUAGUUACAAGGAGUUCUCAAUCGUAAAUUUGAAGCCAGUAUAUCGAAUACCCUAGUAGAUUGAAUGGGGAGUGAACAAGCGCGACAGUCGCUGUACUCAAAUUUUGGGGUGGUCAAUGAUUAUGUGUUACACUUUCACAAUUGAGCGCCUUUAGUUUGUAGCUUUCCACAGAAACGACCCGAGUUUUAGCGUAGUCCUCGCCGCUGCACAAGGUUGUUAAUUGAUGGCCUUCAAUAGUCUCUUGAUCUUUAUACACGGCUAUCCGGCUCCAGUGCAACUGGUGGGGCAGUGAGUUGAUAUUCAUAAUUCUUUGCGGCUUAGUAAUAGAUCAAAUCCUCUGUAUAUAACACAGAUUUCUCGGCUGUGGACGACCUCCACGGCAGUGUUGCUGAUCCUUAUAAACGAAAAUAUUAUCGUGUCGGUGACACUGCAAUUCCAACGCAACGUUUCUAGCGAGUCCCGUCAGUCGAUUAAGAUAUCUUUGCUCUUUAUGUACCACUAUCGCUUGAUCUCCACAUUCGAUGUAAAGCGAAUCUCCACUG